AUGGAGUGCGCCCUCCUGCUCGCGUGCGCCCUCCCCGCCGCCCGCUCGGGCCCGCCGUGGGGGCCGGCGGCGCGCGGGCGCGUGGCUAAGGCGCUCCAGCUGUGCUGCCUCUGCUGCGCGUCGGUCGCCGCAGCCUUAGCCAGUGACAGCCGCGGCGGGGACGGCAGCGGAUUAAACCACGAUUACGUCUUUGUCACGCCAGUAGAAGUGGACUCGGGCGGGUCAUAUAUUUCCCACGACAUUUUGCACAACGGCAGGAAAAAGCGGUCGGCGCAGAGUGCCAGCAGCUCCCUGCAUUACCGAUUUUCAGCAUUUGGACAGGAACUACACUUAGAACUUAAGCCCUCGGCGAUCUUGAGCAGUCACUUUAUUGUCCAGGUACUUGGGAAAGAUGGUGCCUCAGAGACUCGGGAACCCGCGGUGCCGAGAUGUUUCUAUCAGGGAUUUAUCAGAAACGACAGCUCGUCCUCCGUCGCUGUGUCUACGUGCGCCGGCUUGUCAGGCCUCAUAAGGACACACAAAAAUGAAUUCCUCAUCUCGCCAUUACCUCAACUCCUGGCCCAGGAACACAACUACAGCUCCCCUGCAGGCCACCAUCCUCACGUGCUGUACAAAAGGACGGCGGAGGAGAAGGUCCGGCAUUGCCAAGGCUACCUGCGCUCCGGCCGGGACCCUGCGGGUCACCCCCCGAGUCACACUCCCCACACCUCUUGGAGUCCAGAGAGAGAACAGCAUCAUGGAAGGUUGCAAAAGCAGCAUUUUUGUGGACGACGCAAGAAAUAUGCCCCUAAGCCUCCCACAGAGGACACCUAUCUCAGGUUUGAUGAAUAUGGGAGCUCGGGACGGCCCAGAAGGUCAGCUGGCAAGUCACAGAAGGGCCUCAACGUGGAAACCCUUGUGGUGGCAGACAAGAAGAUGGUGGAGAAGCACGGCAAGGCCAACGUCACCACGUACAUUCUCACGGUCAUGAACAUGGUUUCCAGCCUCUUUAAAGAUGGGACCAUUGGAAGUGAUAUAAACAUUGUCGUGGUGAGCCUCAUUCUUCUGGAACAAGAACCUGGAGGAUUGCUGAUCAACCACCAUGCAGACCAGUCUCUGAAUAGUUUCUGUCAGUGGCAGUCUGCCCUCGUUGGAAAGAACGGCAAGAGGCAUGACCAUGCUAUCUUACUCACGGGAUUUGAUAUCUGUUCCUGGAAGAAUGAACCGUGUGACACUCUAGGGUUCGCCCCCAUCAGUGGGAUGUGCAGCAAGUACCGUAGCUGUACAAUCAAUGAGGACACAGGGCUUGGCCUGGCCUUCACCAUCGCUCACGAGUCAGGGCACAAUUUCGGCAUGGUUCAUGAUGGAGAAGGCAAUCCCUGCAGGAAAACGGAAGGCAGCAUCAUGUCCCCCACGCUGACCGGAAACAAUGGUGUGUUCUCAUGGUCUUCUUGCAGCCGGCAGUACCUCAAGAAAUUCCUUAGCACACCUCAGGCUGGGUGUCUGGUGGAUGAGCCCAAGCAAACGGGACAGUAUAAAUAUCCAGACAAACUACCAGGACAGAUUUAUGAUGCUGACACACAGUGCAAGUGGCAGUUUGGAGCCAAAGCCAAGUUAUGCAGCCUUGGUUUUGUGAAGGACAUUUGCAAAUCCCUUUGGUGCCACCGAGUGGGCCACAGGUGUGAGACCAAGUUCAUGCCUGCCGCGGAAGGGACCGUUUGUGGCUUGAGUAUGUGGUGUCGGCAAGGCCAGUGUGUCAAGCUGGGGGAGCUGGGGCCCCGGCCCAUCCAUGGCCAGUGGUCUGCCUGGUCGAAGUGGUCAGAGUGUUCCCGAACGUGUGGUGGAGGCGUCAGGUAUCAGGAGAGACAUUGCAACAACCCCAAGCCUCAGUAUGGUGGCAAGUUCUGUCCUGGCUCUAGCCGUGUUUAUCAGCUGUGCAAUAUUAACCCUUGUGAUAAAAACAGCUUGGAUUUCCGAGCCCAGCAGUGUGCAGAGUAUAACAGCAAACCUUUCCGUGGAUGGUUCUACCAGUGGAAACCCUAUAUGAAAGUGGAAGAGGAAGACCGAUGUAAACUGUACUGCAAGGCUGAGAACUUUGAAUUCUUUUUCGCCAUGUCCAGCAAGGUGAAAGACGGGACUCCUUGUUCCCCAAACAAGAACGACGUUUGCAUUGAUGGGAUCUGUGAACCAGUGGGAUGUGAUCAUGAACUUGGCUCUAAAGCAGUUUCAGAUGCCUGUGGUGUUUGCAAAGGUGAUAACUCAACUUGCAAGUUUUAUAAAGGCCUGUACCUCAACCAGCACAAAGCAAAUGAGUAUUAUCCGGUGGUCACCAUCCCAGCGGGCGCCCGCAGCAUCGAGGUCCAGGAGCUGCAGAUAUCCUCCAGCUACCUUGCAGUCCGAAGCCUCAGUCACAAGUAUUACCUCACAGGGGCCUGGAGCGUCGACUGGCCAGGGGAGUUUGCCUUUGCGGGGACCGUGUUUGAGUACCAGCGUGCCUUCAACCGCCCUGAAUGCCUGUCUGCCCCGGGCCCCAUCAAUGAGACGCUGGUCAUUGAAAUUCUCAUGCAAGGCAAAAACCCAGGAAUAGCUUGGAAGUAUGCACUUCCCAAGGUCACGAAUGGAACUCUGCCAGCCUCAGAAAGACACAGCUACGCCUGGAGCACAGUGCAGACAGAUUGCUCCGUCUCCUGUGGGGGAGGUUACAUAAGUGUCAAGGCUGUUUGCUUACGAGAUCAAAACACUCAAGUCAAUUCCUCAUUCUGCAAUGCAAAAGCCAGGCCAGCAACUGAACCCAAAGUGUGCAACGCCUUCUCCUGCCCUGCCUACUGGAAGCCGGGCGAGUGGAGCGCCUGCAGCAGGUCGUGUGCGGGAGGCCAGCAGAGCCGGAAGGUGCAGUGCAUCCAGAAGAAGCCCUUCCAGGAGGAGGAGGCGGUCCUGCACUCUCUCUGCCCGGUGAGCACGCCCACUCAGGUUCAAGCCUGCAACAGCCAUGCCUGCCCUCCGGAAUGGAGCCCUGGGCCCUGGUCUCAGUGUUCUAAGACCUGUGGGCGAGGAGUGCGGAAGCGUGAAGUCACGUGUAGACGCGCUGCCCUGGCAGAGGCUGUGCCCGAGAGCGCGUGCGCCGGCGCCCCGAGACCGGACUCGCAGGAGGGCUGCGUGCUCGGACGCUGUCCCAAGAACAGCCGGCUCCAGUGGCUCAUCACUUCGUGGAGUGAGUGUUCCGUGAGCUGUGGUCUGGGAGUGAGGAAGAGGGAGGUGAAAUGCAGCGAGAAGGCCUUCCAAGGCAAGCUGAUAACUUUCCCCGAGCGAAGGUGCCGCAAUAUUAAAAGACCAAACCUGGACUUGGAGGAAACCUGCAACCGGGGGGCGUGUCCAGCCCGUCCAGGGUACAGUCUGGCCGCUGGGUGGUAUUCAUCGCCAUGGCAACAGUGCACCGUUACCUGUGGCGGAGGGGUGCAGACGCGCUCGGUCCACUGCGUCCAGCAGGGCCGGCCUUCCUCGAGUUGCCUGCUGCGGCAGAAGCCUCCAGUGCUGCGGGCCUGUAACACCAACUUCUGUCCAGCUCCUGCCAAGAGAGAGGAUCCAUCCUGUGUGGACUUUUUCGGCUGGUGUCAUCUUGUUCCUCAGCACGGCGUCUGCAACCACAAAUUCUACGGCAAGCAGUGCUGCAAGUCAUGCACCAGGAAGAGCUGA